UCAUAUUCCCGCGACAGACGCCCAGGAGAGGUCGAUGAAUGAAAGCAUGGAUCUCUUUUACACUCUUCUGCUGUUAGCAGGUUUACUGUAUGCAGCACCAGCAGCGGAUGUGGAGUCGGUGCAGAAACAGGAGCGGACGUGUCUCGGCUCUGAGUUCAGCUGCUCUAAUGGACAGUGUGUGGAUCACUCGUGGAGGUGUGAUCACAGCGAGGACUGUGAGGACGGCAGUGACGAGGAGAACUGCGAGGAGAACGAGUGUGAGUCGAAUAAUGGUGGCUGUUCUCAUCACUGUGUGGAUCAGCCUCUGGGGUUCGUGUGUGACUGUCCGUCUGGCAUGAGACUGGUGCAGGACACACACUGUGAAGAGGUGGAUCCUUGUCUGGACGCGGAUGUGUGCGAUCAGGCAUGUGUUCAUUCCAACGGCUCUUUUACCUGCGAGUGCUGUCAUGGUUACGUGAAUGGCUCAGAGAGUGGGCGGUGCCUGGCUGCAGGUGAUGCAGCAGCGGUGAUCUUCAGCAGCAGUGAGGGAAUCAUGUGGAUGAAGCCUGAUGGGUCUGAUCAGAAAAAGAUCACCAACAGAACCGGAACAUCGGGAGCUCUAACUUCUCUCACUGCUGAUAACACACUGUACUGGGCCAACACUGAACACACACACGUCUACAGGCUGGACCUGGAUGCAGGAGAUCAGGAGCCCUCAGUGGUGAUCUCAGGAGCCAGUGGGAUUAUGGGAUUGGCUGUGGACUGGAUUAACCAGGUUUUGUACUGGACCAGUAACCGAACUGGAGCUGUACACGCCGCGGCACUGAACGGAACCGAACACGCCCCUGUCAUCUCGGGUCUGUCCUCCCCCACCGCCGUUGCGGUCCAGCCUUUAUUAGGCUUCCUGUUCUGGGCCGAGGCCGGAGUUUCUCCCCGAAUCCAGCGCUCGGGUCUGAACGGACAGGACAGGAGAACCCUCAUCACCUCCGCCAUACGGAACCCCGUCUCCAUCGCUCUCGACGUUCCCCGCGGGCUGCUGUACUGGGCCGACUCGCUCCUGAACUCCGUGUCGAGGGUGGCGUACGACGGACUGCACAGAAAGACGGUGGUGGAAUCGAACGGUUAUCUGGACCAGCCGUUUGGCCUGGCCGUGUUUGAGAGUGAUGUGUACUGGAGUGACAGGCAUACGGGAGCGAUCUGCCGUGCUGAUAAACACAACGGAAAACAGCUUAAAUGUUCUGUAGUGAGUUCCCCGGCAGGAUUGCUCAUCUACCACCCGCUCCUGCAGCCGACAGCUUUUUACUUCACAACACCUUGCCGUUUUAUCAGGGUUUCAGAGACGCCGACGCCGCCGGCUGAGCCUCCCACCACGGACCCGGACUCCGCCUUCGCCUGGAUCCUCUCUCUGAUUGUCCUCCCCUGCUUUCUCUUCGCCACUCUUUUCCACUGCAGGAAGAUGGGAACGUUCUCGUCGUCUCCCUUUUGUUCUCCUGGAGAACCCAUCAUGAAGGACUCACAGGAUCCGCUCAUACCAUCGGGAGACACAGAGGCACACGCGGACAAAGACAGCACGUUCCCUGUACCUGUGUGAACCAGGAAGUGACUUCAACAGACGGGAGUGACCGAGACUCGUGUGUGUGUGUGUGCGUGCGCGCGUGUGUGCGCGUGUGUGAGCGUGUGUUUGUGUGUGUGUGUGUGUGUAAGACAAAAUGAUGCCCCCAUUAAUCCAAAUGAAGUGAAAUGAUCUGAAUGGUUUAAUUUAUUUAUUUCUGUCUUUAUUGUACUCAUAAUCUGUAAACAAAUCUUCAGUGAGUCAGAUCUAAAGAUCAGACUCUGUCAUUUUAUUUGAUUUUUUUCUGAAUUACUCUUGGAUCAUUGGGGCAUUUGUGCUUGAAUAUUCCAGUUUAAUUUAUUCUCCAUUUUUGAGAUAUCAGCUCUGUAAAUGACUCUUCUUCAGAUUUAAUUCGUUUUUAUCUUUAUUUUGUGACCGUAUUUAAUUCUGAAUAUUUUACGAUUUAAAACCGGAAUCUUUAGGACAUUUUGGAGGAAGAAUUGCGGCUCAUAAAUUGUUUAACGCACACUUAGUUUCUCGGGUGAGCGCAUUCUAUAAUAGAUUCAUAUGAAUCAUCUGUGAUUGAUUCUUUGCCGACUCUGAAUGUGAAUCAAAGUAAACGUGCGAUGAAACAGUCUGGAUGGUUUAAUGUAAUUUAACCUCUGUUUAAUUUAACCUGGCUAUUAUGUUAAUGAUUUCAUCUGCAUAUGCAAAUGAAUCUUCUUCUAAUUGCUCACUGAAUCACUCUCGUGUCACUUCAGUUGUUUUCUGUUUGCUGUUUUCGAAUUUGAUUUUAUAAAUUGAAUUGGACACAGAUGAUACUAAAGUGAUCUAAACAGCUCUAUGAACGAUUCUUGUGCGCUGGAAGCCGAGUGACAUUUGUAAACGAAUCGUUUUGAAGUGACUCUGAAUCACUUUAGGGUUUUUAUUUGUUUAAGGUACGUAGUGAGGAAUCCACCUCGGUGAAUCAAAAGGUUUCAUUUUACAGCAAUGACUCGAACUCAUGGAAAUGAUUCUUCUGAAUUUGUUUGUGAACGAAUCUGUUUUACGUACCAUGUAUAUUAUAGCUUUUCAUUUUCAUCAACCCAUGACGCUUGAUUUUGGAGUGUGUAGUGUAAAUAUGGAUCAGAUUUUUCAACUUGUGCCUUGUUACUGAAUGCUGAAUACACUCCUCCUGAACUACUGGUGGAACAGGAUAUAUUUGACUCGGUCGGUGAUUUGAAUGUAAUGUUAUAUUUACAGGACUUGUGUAAUUGGGGAAACCAGUCAAACAAACGAACAAUUAUUUACUUAGCACUUUUAGUCAUGUCAGUAAGGUUAGUUUUGUUGAUUUGAAAUGUUUGUGGUUUGUUUAUGAUGUUUUCUUAAAGGGCUGGAGUUUGUCACUAAUAACUGAUUAAGCCACACUUCAAAGUGUUAUUGUAUUGUAUUUCUUCUGAGUCUGCACUGGGGUUAAUGAGUGACUACAGUGAGGAUGUGAAUGUUACAGAGCCUGUUUUGGGGGCUGGGACAAUGCUGUAGGGUUAUUUAUUAGUUGAGAGAUUAGUAUUUAUUUUUUUGUUUCUGUGGCUCUUCCUGCUGAAAUAAAAAGCAAAUGCUGCGGCUUUAUUAAAAGCCAGAAAGUUGAAUAAACUGUGUUUUUAUUUA